CCUAUUUUACCACCAAUUGACAUCCUCGCGUCUCUGAUCCUCACAAGCAAUGGAGCCCCUAAUGGAGGGAACAUCAGUCGACACGCUGAAUGCUCUUCUCAGGUCCAUCGCAGCCGACAAGCAAUUGAACAACGAUCAUCUGAUGGCACUCAUGCACUUGUGUGGUCACCAAGGAGAUCUUGCAACAGCAUUUGUCAUGGGUGCCUUGCGUCUGCUGGAUAUUCCCGACUCUGUUGAAAGGCUAGUCGCGCAUGAUUCGGAGAGGACAAUAUACAAGGUUAGAGAUCUGGAAUCAGGCAUCUCGUUGACGUGUAGACCUGCACUCCGCCAUUGCACUUGCGAUCGCUUUGUCCAAGUCCUGAUGAGCGAUGCUAUUACGUGCGAACAUGUCCUGGCAGCGCAAUUGUCUGAGGCCCUUGGGAUCAUGAAGGAAACGGUCAUUUCGGAUGAAUCGUUUGUAGAGUACUUGUGAAAACAAGAGAAGAGGGUCCAGGAUUGCUGUUCUCGUGGCGUGCAGAUGUGGGUUGGCCGCGGAGUAAAGGCGCAAGGCGCAGGGUAGAGAGCGCAGUACAUGAACCUCACUCAUUUUGGUCUAUGAUGAAGUACACUUGUUUUGUACGCAUUGGUCCAAGAACACUACAUACUUUGGCCAUGUAUUAUUCAUAGCGGAAGCCGUUUUGAUGUCAACGCAUCCAAAGUGACAAUAAACAUGUCGAAGUGCAAUGCAGUCUUUAUUCAUCCCCUAGUUGUCCC